CUCCCACAGCCCAUGUCUAUGGAGCCUUCAACUUCUGUGGUUGUCAGGCAGUUUAAGUAUACGGCACCAGUUAUUCUGCUGUCCAUCCACUCUGACAUCCUAAGCCAGCGACUGAGCCAUCGUUCACCUGCAGACCCCCCGGCUCACACCACCUCUUCAUCUGCUCUUCAGGUCGCCCUUCUCCGCAGCGAGCAUGGAGGAUUCCUCGGAGCAGUCCCACUGGGCGUCCCCGGCCCUGCUCAGCUCAGACUCCCUGGGGGUCUUCAGCUCGGACACGGGGCUCCUUUCCUCGGUGGAGGAGGGGGACGCCUUCUUCUCCAACCCAGAGGUGGACUACAGCGGCCUGCCCUCCUACUUCUCCAACCCCCCCCACAGCAGAGCCCCGUCGGCCUACAGGAACAGCACGGUUCGUCAGCUGUACAUGUCGCCGUCUCUGCAGAGCAACCUCCAGUGGGUGGAAGGACCGGCCAACCACUCCAUGGGCUCCCCCUACAACCCCCCCACCCCCAGCUGGAGCAACAGCCCCCUGUCCAAGACCCCCCUCCUCCAGCCCACCCCCACCUCCCCCUACACCCCCAUCUCCACCACCGCCACCGCCGCGUCCUCCUACGCCUCCCCCAGGGACGGCUACAUGUCCACGGGCAGGGAGGGCAAGGAGAGCCCCUCGGGGCUCCAGGAGGCCCUGAAGGCGGAGAGGCUCAGCCCCACGGGGGGCGCCGCCGCCGGCAGCAGCUUCCUCAACCUGACCUCCGUGGCGGGGGGCAUGUACAGCCCGUCCCCCAACUCCCACCCCCACAUGCUGAGCCCCUACGGCUCGUACAUGGGCUCCACGCAGGACUACAGCGCCGCCGCCCUCUACUGCAGCCCUGGAGGCUGGAUGGGCCCCGGCUCCUACUCCCCCAAGCUCCGCAACAAGAUGAGGCUAUCCCCGCCAGAGGCCCGGGAGUGCGUCAACUGUGGAGCCACCGCCACCCCCCUAUGGCGCCGGGAUGGUACAGGCCACUACUUGUGUAACGCCUGCGGACUGUACCAUAAGAUGAAUGGCCAGAACAGACCUCUGAUCCGCCCCAAGAAGCGACUGAUCGUGAGCAAACGAGCCGGUACGCUGUGUGCCAACUGUCACACCAGCACCACCACGCUAUGGCGGCGCAACGCCAAUGGGGAGCCCGUGUGCAACGCCUGCGGACUCUACUUCAAGCUGCACAACGUCAACCGGCCGCUCACCAUGAAGAAGGACGGCAUCCAGACGCGCAACCGCAAGGUGUCCAACAAGAACAAGAAGAGCAAGAAGAGCCUGGGCCAGCCGGCAUCGUACCCAGACAUGAUGCAGCCGCUGGAGGACAACUGCGGGCCUUUCUCCCUGGGGCCCGGCUCCAUGCUGUCCUACGGCCACACGGCCCACCUGAUCCCCACAGCUCCCCACGGCCUGCACUCCUCCGCCCCCAUGUCCUACACGCACUACCCCAGCGCUGGCAUGGUGCCCGUGGGAGGGCUGGGUGUGUGACUGGGCUAGGAUGUGGUUACACCUGCGCGUCGCAAGAACAGUGGUGAUUGAUAUAUAGGAUUUCUGUCUGGCUGUUUGUAUGUAUGUAUGUAUGUAUGUAUGUAUGUAUGUAUGUAUGUAUGUAUGUAUGUAUGUAUGUAUGUAUGUAUGUAUGUAUGUAUGUAUGUAUGUAUGUAUGUAUGUAUGUAUGUAUGUAUGUAUGUAUGUAUGUAUGUAUGUGUGCACAGUUGUGCACUAGAAUAGAAGGUUGUUUUAUUUUCUAUUUGUUUUUCACUGUAUUUCAGUCCAAGUUGGGGCAUAAUAGAAGGAGUAUGUCAGGUCAAUACAAUGUUUUUCACAUCUGGUUCAUUCUGGUGCUACUGCACAAUGGACAAAAAGAUAUUUCCAACAGAAUUGUGUAUCCAUGACAACAAUGUGUUUUUUUUUGUUCAGUUUUACACCUGUAAUUUUUAUAUCGCAGAAUAUGUAGAACGUUGGGGUAGUCCGAUUUUGCAGAUAUUAAAGCAUUGUGUAUUGUCUGAUAUUUGUUUGUUUAUGGUUUGUUGGUUUGAGUCAAUUCAGUCAAAUUAAAACAAGCACUGGGCAUUUCUUACUUAC